AAAGAUAUUUCUGUCCAGUAAUGUACGAAAGCUGCAAUGGCGAACACCAGCAUACUCGUUUAUGAAACUACCGCUGCCGAAAAGGAGCCUGACUACCAACUUAUGCAAGAUGUGUACAAUUUCCUGUACAAGUAUGUCCUGGUCAUCGUGGCCAUUGUUGGGAUCCCUGGAAACUUUGUCACGAUGCUGGUGAAUCUAAGAGCGCACAAUCGUAAACUGUCUGUCUGUGUGUACAUGACUGCAACGGCCAUUGCAGAUAACGUGGUAUUGGUAGCUGCCGUAUCGUAUCUUGUAUGCGUCACGUGGGGCUUUGGGUCGGCCAUCCAAGGGAGUUUUCGGGAGGUCUUCUUUCAUAUUGCUAAUAUUUUAAGAUUGGAGUGGUACCUCGCCUUCUGUCCAGCGAUGCUCUCGGGACUUUUCCUAGCAGAGAUGUCAGUGGAUAGAUUGAUAGCUGUUGCAUUUCCCAUGGCGGCAACCAGGCUCUGUACCAAUAAACGCGCUUAUAUAACAGUGGGCGUGACCACAGCCAUCAUAGCACCCCUCAACAUCAACAUCUUCUAUACGUAUCAACAUUACGAAGAUAAAGACACAGGUCUAGAAACACUCAUCACCGAUUUCGAAAACCAGGACAUCGAAAUGCUAGUCUCUGCGUUCCAGCUGUUCUUUGGAACAGCUUGUCCCUUUGCUGUCAUCAUAAUGUCAAAUAUCGUCAUCAUAUUCAAACUGAAAAAGGCUUCAGAAGAACGCUCCGAGAUGCAGGGAGGGGCGGGCAACACAGAGAAGACGAACUACUUGACCAGAAUGCUCCUGUUCGUCAGUUUCGCCUACGUCGUUACCUCGAUUCCUUACCGCUUAUACUUCUUCAUCAUGGACACUCCAGUUCUGACAAAGAUGUAUGUUAUGACAGAGAGGUAUUGGAGCUUGCGUUAUAAUCUACAAUACGUGUUUUUUUUAACAUUGUGGUAUUGUAACUUCGCCAUCAACUUUCCACUUUACUGCAUUGGAGGCGGUCACCGGUUCCGAAAUGAUACCAAAUACAUCCUACGCUAUUGUGAUGUGAGAAGGGUGAAGCAUUAAACAAAUGGCCCAGCCCAUUCGUUGGCUUCUUUUCCAUCAAUAGGAGGGUUUCGCAAGCCUUACAAAGAGCUACGAACGACGAAGUACGAAGUGUGUCAAUACGAAUGUACUUGUUUUAUUACCUUUAAUCCUGGGAUGAAAAGUGUUUCAUCAGCACCUAUCGCAAUACACAAAAUAAUGUAAUAAAGUUCCAAUACAUUGCGAUGGUAUGACAUUUCUGCAAUGAUGGUCUGGAAUAAAAACGUGAUUACAAAUCUUGAAUAAACAAUAAAACCUGUCAAUAUGGUUUGAUGGAUUUGGUAAGCGUCAGUUGCGUCAACCUUCGCAAGGGGGCGUGGCACUCGCUAUUGUUGAUGUACUCUCCUUGCACCCUGAGGAAAAGGUUGCAGUUUAGUCCCAGAAGACUUGUUUCCGGCGCCCGUUCUAUCACAACGACGACAACGAUCUCUACAAGACUGGUACCGACUCUCGGGAAACUUUAAGCAUACCAAAAUGACAGGGGACCGGAACCCUCUUGUUCAUUUGAUGGGAAGUUCGAGUAUCUCGAUUGGGCUUUGCAACGACGUCGAAAAGGAGGCUACUGCGACUAUCCUGACUAUGCCACAACUAAACAAAUACGUCCCAGAGAGUUAAAGAUCAUCUGUAUGACAUAAGGUCUACUUCUACAAAGAUAGGCUAUAUUCCGCGUCCUGCAGAGUGAGUGUUGAUACUGUUUUGAUAUACGACCGCGUUCUUCGACGUCCUCUUUCACAAAAACAUGCAAGACAAGUUUGCGCGAGCGACGACAGCUUACAAAAACAUGUACAGAUUUUUUGCGGUUUUCACGGCCCAUAGAUAACGCGUCUGGCUUCCAGCAAUGAAAUAGACGUGUGACAGAUUAUCAUCGUUGGGCUAAUGCACUUGGACACAACGUCCUUGCACUCAAUUACUAGACACUGAUACUGACUCACAGUACGCACCCUACCUGUAUGCCGUAGGGCAUUAGAAUAUUCUUUAGAAUUCUAAUCUACAAUAUAGGACACUGUUUCCCAGGGGUCACUCAUUACUGUUACACCGGCGGUUGCCCUGGUGGUGAUGCAGUGAACUAAUGUGUCGUGUUUUAUUCGACUCGCAAUAUCAUUCUUUGUGGCAAUCAGAAAGGAUUCAAAUACAUGUAACUUAUUUGCCAGAAUAGAAUCAUUAGAAAAUAUUUUAGCAUAUGUAAGUUACAUGUAAAUAAGAAUUCUACUAAUUUUAUGAGUAAUAACAGCGUUGAAACUACCGAAAGAUUUAUAGAUAUCGAAUUUCAAUACCACAAACAAAAGUCACCGAAAGCCUUUAUAUACAAUUCAUCUACUCCGCUCGUUCGAUGGAUCGGAUGAGAAGGACGGACACCAUUGGUUUUAAUCGCCCAUGGUAGUCUGUCGCUCAGCUGAAUUAAGUAUUUUUGGCUGCCCUCCUAUCGAGGGUUCAAACAGUAAAAGAGAAUAGAUUGGGAAACUGGCGAGGGUUUCAUGGUGUAACAUUCUAAGUGGAUAUACGCAACUUGGAUUAGGGAAGGGGGCGGGGUGGCAUUCAGGGGCAUUAAAACGCGUUCAAAGUCUGGAUAUCUUUUGUUCUGUGAAAUCUUAUAGAAGGUGGCGGUUCGUUUGCAAACACCAGCAAACGUAGAAACACACUGAAUAUCACUAUUGGUGAAAAUAACAAUGUGACUGUCGGUGAUCACAUGUACCGGUACGAGGGCUGGGACGUCAGUUGAACACUUGAUCCGCCGUCUGCGAGGCUGACGGAAUGAACUCGAUGAGUUCAUCCUGCCUGCCUGGCUGCAUCCUGACUCCCAUGCGUUUGCGUCACCACUAUCGAGCUUGGGCGAGUGAUUUAGCGAUCUCAAAACAUUGCAAGAUGGCCUGGCGGAAGACCUUCAGUUAAAAUGGAACUGCACGGGAACGUAAGGUCGUAGUCACCUGCGAAUCUCGGCCCCUUUCCGCAGCCACUGACAACUGAGAGCACGAGGUCUUCAACCAAUAAUUCCGUUAUCUUGAUUGUUUAUUCACCCUCUUUUUGAGGGCAGCCAAAAAUACUAAAAUUUCAGCUGAGCGACAGACUACCAAGGGUGUUAACAGUGGUGUUUGUCUGUCUGUCUCAUCUGAUCUGUCAACGCUUUCGCGCUGAGGAAGGCGACAAGAACUUCGCUGACUUUUAUUUGUGCAUGGUGUCAAUAUUCAAUAAUUACAAAUCUUUCGGUAAUUUCAACGCAAUUAUGACUCAUCAUAUUACUAUAAUUCUAACUACGUAUUUACCAAUAUGCAUCUCUAUAAUAUCUAAUUAAAUUAUUUUGGCAAGUUUAUGCUUUGCUUAUUUCAUGCUGGGAAACCAAAAAAUUAUAGGUCAAAUCAAACCCAACAUAGUACAUUUGUUCCGGACAUCUCCACCAGGGUAACC